UCCCUGAAAGGAGGUUGUAGCCAGGAUGGGGUCAUUAUACUAGCCCAGGGAACAAACAAUAGGACCAGAGGAAAUUACCUCAAGUUGCACCAUGGGAACUUUAGAUUGGACUCUUUCAACAAUUGGAUAUCAAGCUUGGUAACAGGCUGCCCAGGGAAAUGGCUGAGUCACCACCCUCAGAGAGAUUUCAAAGUCAUGUGGAUGUGGCAUUUGGGAACCAAGCUGAUUGGUGGAGUAGGCAGUAUUAAAUUUACAGUUGGACUGUGUGAUCUUCAGGGUCUUUUCCAACCUUGACGACGCAGAGAUUUAACUGUACCUCAGCAUGGAGUCAAGGCUUAAACUCAAGGGUGCCUUCCAAGAUGAGUAUCUAUGAGAUUGCCAAUGGAGGGCAGCUGAUAAGAAAGACAAGAGAAAGACCAAGAGAAGUUCUUUGAAGAAGAUUCACUCAAAGGCUGCCUUAGCCAGUACCCCGGGGCCACUUUGACAGGCUGAGCUGGGGUGGGGACAAAGGGUGGGGCUGGGCUGACUGUGGUGUACUGUGACACCCGUGACAUCAUGGGGGCCAUGUCACAAUGGGGGCAGCUGUAAAAGGCCCCAGCAGGUAACACUGGCCCUGUAUUGCUUGGGCAAGCAGUGAGUGCACACAUGGCGGAAGACCAUGGAUACCUGGGUAUUGUGGUUCUUGCUCUUGCAAAGUGUAGUUCAGUACCAAGAGCCUGCGGAUGAUGGCUGGGAUGAGGUGACAUGUCUGUGAAUGGAGGCGUGUGCCAAGCUCCAGAAGGAGGAGAAGAUUCGUCUGGAGCAGGAGGUGGAGCAGCUGGCCCUGAAGCAGGGUGUGUGGUCCUCGGGAGACCUGCUCUGCUCUGCCUGGCAGCACUGGCAGGUCUGGGCUCUUGCUGGGCUCCUGCUCCUUCUCUUGGCCCUGUGGUAUAUCUGGAGGAAAAGGAUCCAGAGGAGAGAGCAGCAUGAAGAAGGAAAUGAUGGUGUAAAUGAAGAGGAAGUUGGAAAUGUAGAUGCAAAUGAGGAAGAUGUUGGAAAUGAAGAAGAAGGAGACAAUGACGUGGAUGGGGAGGAAAACAACAAUGACGAUGGCAAUGCACAGGAAGGCAACAAUGCUGCUGCGAAUGAAGAAGGUGAUGUUGAAAAUGAAGUUGGCAAUGAGGCUGCAAAUGCAGCAAACAUCAAUGAUGUUGGAAAUGAAGUGGAAGAAUACCAUGAGCAUGACGAUAACUUUGGAAGACUCAUAAUGGAGCGCAUACAGUGGCCUGUGCAGGACCUGCAGAAAGGAUGCAGGUGGACAAAGACCCUGAUGGAGCAUCUUGUAAUUUACUUUCAACGGGUCUUGUCCAACAGUUUCUACCCAGUGCUGCAAGAAGCCAUUGGGGUGGGCAGUGCCUUCGAAGGCUGGAGUCCGCGUGAGCAGGAUGUUGUGUACCAGGUACUCAUACCUAUGACUCCUCCCCAAGGGCACAGCUUCCACCUAGAGCCGGGCACUGCAGAGCAGAAGCACUUGAGGAACUUCCGCAUCUGCGUGCAGCAGGAGUGCACCUGCACAAGGGAGCAGCAGGAUAAGAACAUGCUGUGCUUCCUGCACCAUCCCGAGGAGCAGCUAAAUCAGGAUCCCAGCCUCCUUCAUACCCUGUGCACAGGCUCUUACCUGGACGUGGAGAAAACUGCCCGCUGCUUCUACCAACUGGUGAGAGCAAUCUGGCCGGCUUUGCUUCGGUCACACAAUUGGCAUUUAGUGCUGCUGCCCUCCAGACGCUCCUGCCAGUUCAAGGUGACCAAUGGCAGCGAAAGCUAUCAGAUUGAGAUGCUGUUUGGGGUGCAACAAGGCAACUCAGACGUUUUUGUAAGCAGCCAGCCUAGGCAAGCCCACACCCCAGGCACCAUCUGGCCGGAGAGCUACGCUGUAGCUGAGAUGAAGUUCUUCAAGUACAUUGUUCUUCAAGCUGUCAGGUUGGCUCCCCCUGACAGCUUGCACCUGAAAUGCCUGCAGUUCUUCACCCGUCUUCAGCUGGGCUCAGGCUUCUCCACCUAUACCAUUAAGACCAUUGUUAUGCACCACCUGAGCAUCUUACCCGUGUCACAGUGGCGCAGGAGACAUUUUGUGAGGCGGCUGAUGGAUAUCAGUGAGACCCUGUGCGGGUGUGUGGAAGUGAGACACCUCAACCACUUCAUUGUGGGCAACCAGAGGCUUCCUGAGGGGAUCAGUGUGCCCCUAGAAGUCCUAAUGGCCAGGUCAUGCAAUCUCUUCCAUGACCUGGUGAUGGGUCUGGUUGCACACUCCCAGGCGAUGAGCCAGUACGUGGAUCUGCAGCGGUGGUUGAAACGGAUCCUUAACAAUUAACAGUGAAA